AUGGUAUACGACUCGCCCAAGAAAUGGCCGGCUCCGGACAAUCGAUUGAUCUCAUACCGGUUCUUCCUGCACUUCGCAGACUUCAUAGACUACAUCAGAGAAGGCGUCAAAGCAGCAUAUCCCGACGACACGGCCUAUCCUUGGGUCACCAUACGCACCGAUCCUUGGUGGGAAGAUACCCUCAAAAGGCUCGCCUGGCUAUUUGGCGAGCUUGCGAGGGCAUGCGCGCUCUCGCCAAAAGCAAGCAAAGAUCUCAGCAUCAGGUGGAUUAUCUUCAAAUCUCCUUCGCUGGGAUCUUCGCUGGGGUACAAAGCCCUCGGAGGCGAUGGAUCGCUCCAAGUCACCAAGAUCUUGGAUUGUGGGAUGGUUAUGGAAGCCUUCAUGACCAGGACCUUGCUUAGUAAGAGGCCGAUUGCACAGGGCUUGAUUCGCGGUUGUGUUCUUGAGAGACUGCGGCUCGAGGUAGCACCGCUCCAGGAGGUACUUUACAGGCUGUGGUUCGUACGCAGCCGGCCGAAGCGCGCCAUGUGCUGUCUGGACGCCAAUCUGUUGGAAGGAACCCGUGAGCAACUGUCACGGGAGAACGUCUGCGGAAAUGUAUCAGGGAUCAUGACAUGCACAUCAGUCGAUGGGAGCUACUUUGGUCCUUGGGAAGAACUAGAGUAG